AGGAAAUCGAGGAGUAGUAGAAGGCAGAAGAGGCAAUCAUGUCCCUACGGCGGUCCGUUGGUUUCCUCCUCACACGGAGGUUCUCGCCACGGGCGACCCCAAGGACGGCUCCUGCACGCUCUCUCCACUCCUUGAAGGAUUUCCACGUUCCUGGUGGCAUUGGUCGUGCUACUGGCGUGGCCACGGCUGCGGUUGCUAGUGCUGCAGCGUUGGCGCUUCAGUAUUUCAGGAAAGACACAGCAGAUGAUGAAGCAUCUCGCAAGCAAGAGGAGGAGGACAUGAAGGCGAGGUUCGAGGAUUGGGUGAAGAAGUACAACAUGACAUACCCAGACGAGGAAGAGAAGGCUAUGCGGUUCAAUGUGUUCAAGGACAACAUCAAGUCGUUCGAAUCGCAGGGUUUGCUUCCAAACUGUUUUGCAGACUUGAAAGAUGAGGAGCUCCCUUCGCGCCGGUCCUGUAUCGCUGACAUAGACCAAGACAUCGAAGAGUGCCUCCAGGCCAAGAUUCUCGCUGAGACAGGAGAAUUUACGUGGACACCAGACGUGAUGCAGGGCCACAAGAAGGCAACCCAAGUCUCUGCCUAG